AUGCGGAAAGCAAAUGUCGUAUCCAAGUUGAGAUCAUGGAGAUGGAUCCACAGGUUUAUUCUUAUAGUAGGCACUCUUGCUAUUCUAAUCUGUAUAGCCACCUUGUCGAAAGCCUAUUCUCUCAGGUUUUUUCUUGUUACUGAUACCUCCUCCUCGUGCUACUCCAAUAGUUUCACUACUCAUGGCUCGAUUGCAACGGAGAUCAAUGCAACAAUCGAACUUGUUGUCCAGAAAAUUCAACAAGAAAUCAACAGGAUGAGAGAUUUGCCACAUGAAUCAUCACCUUCUGAGUCGAAGCAUGCGUACGCUUCUUUUCUUGCAGACAUUUUGGGCCUUGUUGAGUCUGUAGCAUCUCUAUCACGUACAGAAGGGACUGCCGAGCAAAAUGGUGUUGUAGUACAUCCACUGUCAAGACCUAAUCAAGAAACUGAGGAACCUGCUGAGUACUUCUUGACAGAGGAAAUCAGGAAGUAUGUCAGGAUCAAACCUAAUAGGCUCAAAAAACAGAAUUUCAUGGGAGCUAAUGGCACUUUCACCAGCAUUGGACAUGCAUGUUUUUGGAUGAAAAAAGAGCUUGAAGAGUACAUGGAGUACGAUAUAGGCGAUAUAUGUAAUGACGACUGGAAAUUAGCACAAAAAUUGAUGGUCCAUGGCUGUGAUCCACUACCAAGAAGAAGAUGCUUUGCGAAAUCUCCUCAAUACUACACUAAGCCUCUCCCUGCUAAUGAAUCCAUGUGGAAACUACCUGAUGAUCUAAAUGUCCGUUGGAGUCAGUAUAGAUGCAAGAAUUUCACUUGCCUGGCGAAAAACACGACGCAAAAGGGAUUCUUCAAAUGUGCAGAUUGCUUCAAUCUCGAUGAUCAUGAAUGGACUAGAUGGAUCGAACCAGUAUAUGAAGAUCCCAAUUCAAAUCUAACAUCGGAUUUUCUCAUCAAAGAAAUUCUUGAUCUUAAGCCUAAUGAAAUCCGUGUUGGACUAGAUUUCAGCAUAGGUACUGGUACAUUUGCUGCAAGAAUGAGGGAAUUCAAUGUCACUAUAGUUUCUGCUGCAAUAAAUCUUGGAGCUCCCUUCAACGAAUUCAUUGCCCUCCGUGGAUUAAUCCCUCUUUACUUAACGAUAAAUCAACGACUUCCUUUCUUUGACAACACGUUAGAUUUGAUUCAUUCAACAAGAUUUCUCGAUGGAUGGAUCGAUUUUGUGCUUUUAGAUUUCAUAUUGUAUGAUUGGGAUAGGGUUUUAAGACCAGGAGGGCUUCUCUGGAUUGAUAGCUUCUUCUGCUUGAAAGAAGAUUUACAUGACUAUUUGCAAAUAUUCAAAAUGUUAAGGUACAAGAAACACAAGUGGAUUGUUGUCCCAAAAAGAGACAAAAGUGAAGAUCUUGAAGUGUUCUUCUCUGCUGUGCUGGAAAAGCCACCAAGGCCUUUCAGAUAA